CGUGACACGAACACAGAGGUCAAUAUGGCGACGUGCAUUAGAGGAUAGCUUAGUAACAAGAAGCCUUGUUGUUUCGUGUUUUUUGUCCGCGGUGCCAGGCGGCAGUCGUUCUGUGUGCAGUGUUUGAUUCCUGCUGUGCGACCGAGCUCUGAAGCAACAGGAUGCCGGGAAAAAACGGCGACCAGUUCAAACCCGGAGACCUGGUGUUCGCCAAGAUGAAGGGCUUCCCUCACUGGCCGGCGAGGAUCUGUAAGUCGGACGAGGGGUACAAGAAGCGAGUCCCCGUCUUCUUUUUCGGCACCCAUCAGAUAGGCUUCCUGCCGCCGGAGAACAUCGUCCCUUAUGUGGGAAACAAGAUGAAGUAUGGCAGCGGCGUUCGCAUCAAAGGCUUCACCGAGGGCAUGUGGGAGAUCCAGAACACGCCUGGAGUCGGGAGUAAACUCAAAGUACCGGGGAAGACAAACACAGAAAGUACACCAGCAAAACCGGCUUCCGCAACCAAAGCUACUCCAGCUAAACCAACCCCAGCACCUAAAACUACACCUGCCAAAUCACCCAAGGCUACACCUGCCAAGUCCGCACCAGCGACCAAAUCUACACCCUCUAAACCGACGUCUGCUGCUAAAAGUCCAACUCCAAGCGCUGUCACUAAAUCUUCCCCCAGCAGAUCCGAGUCGGCCAGUAAAGCUGCCGCCGACAGGCGGCGCACAGGAGGCGAAAAGGAAGCUGCUGUUAAAACUCCCACACGAGUUUCAUCAAGAUUGGCUGCAGAGCAAAGUGAGGAGUCCAAGCAGGCUUCCACCCCUGCUGCAGACACUGCAGAGACCGUUGCGACUGCUCGAACCAGAAGGUCGGCAAGCGGCGGUCCGUCUGCAGGAGGGAGUGCAGGUGAACGCACCGCCUUGGCCAAGACAGACAAAGAGACAGGAGCGGUCAAAGCUUCAGUGGGUGAAACCACAGCGAGUAAAGAAAAGGCUAAAAGCACAACUGAAGCAGAACCCAGACAGGCUGAAGCCUCCAAAGAAGCUGCAAGUGAAGUGACGACCAGGAGCCGAGCAGAAGAGCCGAAGCUGAACACGCAUGGAGUGAUGCUGCCCAUUCUUUUGAAUAAAGUUUCAUGUUUUCCUCGUCUCCGUCAGAUCAAUGUGAAGCUGCAGAAGAUGGAACCUGCUCUGAUGACGACCGGUGGAAGGAGGGAGGAGGAGGAGGAGGAGGAAAAGAAAGAGAGCAGAGACUUCAAGCGCCGAAAUGAAGAGAAGGUGGAGAAGAAGGAGGAGGAAAAGGAAGACAGCAGAAGAGUAAGGACAAGGAGAGAUGAGAGGGAGGAGCAGAAGAAAGAGGGCCGAGGAGUGAAGAGGAGGAAGGAGGAGGAGGACGAGAAGAAGGUGGAUGAGGGGAAGGAGAAGGAAGAUGACAAAGGAGUCAAGAAGAGAAGAGAGAAGAAAAACGAUGAGGAGGUGGUCCAGAGGAAAACGAAUGCGAAAGAGGAAGGAGAAAAAGAAGAGGCCCGAGGAGUCAAGAGGAAGAGCGAAGGGGAGGUGCAGAAGAAAAGUCAGGACAGCAGCGAGGAAAAGGCAACGAUGGAGAGACGAUCAUCAAAAAGACACAAGGAACAGGAAAAGGGAACAGAGGAGGAAGGAGUAAAGACGAGUCCAGCUGAGAAGGAGGAGGAGGAGGAGGAGAAGCAGAAGAGAGACAGGAGCACAGAGGGCAAAGAAACAAGGAGGAUGAAAGAAAAAGAGGCGGAGAAAGCGAGGAAGGAUAUUUCAGAGGAAAAGAAAGAUGUGAAGAGUAAGGAGGUGGAGGAAGAGGGGGAGAAGAGGAGAGACAGGAGGCUGGAAGCCAGAGAAAUGAGAAGGACGAAAGAAAAGGAGGAGCAGCAGAAAACGAGAAAUGACACAUCAGAAGAAAAAAAUUUAAGAACAGAGGAGGAGAAGGUGGUUGAAAAGGAGAAAAUAAGUAGGGACACCAGUGAGGCCCGAGAAACGAGGAGGACAAGAGAAAAGGAGGCGCUUCGGAAGAUGAGGACGGAUGCUUCACAGAAAAGGAAAGAUUUAGGAAGAGAAAAGGCGGCGAAGAAGUUGGAAGAGGAGAAGACAAGGAGAGAAAGGAGCACAGAGGCCCGAGAAACGAGGAAAACAAGAGAAAAGGAGGUGCAGCAGAAAACGAGAAACGAUCAUUCAGAAGAAAAAGAUUUAGGAAGAGAGAAGGAGGAGCAGAAGGUGGAAGAGGAGACGACAAGGAAAGACACCAGCCCGGAGCCCAAAGAAAUGAGGAGGACGAGAGAAAAGGAGGCACUUCAGAAGAUGAGGAAGGAUGAUUCAGAUGAAAGGAAACAGUCAAGAAGAGAGAAGGAGGUGAAGAAGGUGCAGCAGAAGGCGAGGAAGGAUGUUAUAGAAGCAAAGAAAGAUUUAAGAAGAGAAGAGGAGCAGAAGAAAAAGGUGGAAGAGGAGAAGAGGGAGAGGAGAUCUGAGGGAGAGAAGCAGAAGGAGAAAACUGAGAGGGAGAAAAGAGGAGGUGCUGCUCCAGACGAUGAGCGACAGCGCCACCUGGCCGCCAAGAGGGAGAGCGUGUUAAAGUCUCUGAGGGGUCUGCUGAAGGCCGGGAGAGGAGGGAGGAGGAGGGAGGCAACGAGGAGCGCUCUGAGAGGCGGCGACGGAGCGAAGAGGAGGAGGACAGGAAGCCCGACAAGGUCAGAGUGGAGGAGUGCGAAGGAGUCGACCUCAGCCAAGAAAACAUCAGAGAAGAAGAAGGAAGGAGCCAAGAAGGGGAACGGCAGGACAUCGCAGAAGAUGAAGGUAGAAGAAAAGUUGGAGAAAAGUCGAGAUGUGGAGCUGAAGACAAAGGAAAAGGAGGAGGAGAAGAAGACUGAUGAAGAAAAGAAGGAGGAGAGAAAAAUAAUUGGAAAGAUCGUCAAGGCAACAGCUGGGCAGGGUCCGAAGGUCCAGGUGAAGACGAUGAUGGGAGGAAUGACCGUGAGGGAAGAGGAGAAGGUGGGAGGAACAUCUGCAAAGGAGGGGGAGAAGAAGAAAGAGGAGAAGGUGGAAAAGAAAAGAAGUUUGGAGAAAGAGAAGAAGAAGGACGCUGAAGAAAAAGAGAAGUCGGAUGAUGGGAGCUCGAAGAAAAGCAUCGAGGUCCAGAUGAAAUCUGAAAGAACUCAAGCGGAGGAGAAAAAAGCCAAGAGCGUGACGGAGGCUGCGAAGAAAAACGAGGAGCGCAAGGAGGAGGGGGAAGCAGCAGCAGCAAGAAGAAAAGAACAGGAGGGUGAAGAAAAGAAGAAGGACGAGGCGGAGAAACCAAAAAAGGCGGAAAAUGCAGAAAAACGCAAAACGCAAAAAACAACGGGCGAGAAGAAAUGUGAAGGCGCGGAGCCGGGCGGGCAGAGGAAGACCGGCGAGGAGAAGGAAAGUGACGGAGCGAGCCAACCCGAGACGUCAGCAGCAGUGGAGAAGAGCGCUGGAGGAGAAGGUAACCCGGUAAAGGAGCAGCAGAAGAAGCGCUCGACGGUGACGCUGACGGACUCGACGCUACACCGGAUCCACGGAGACAUCCGGAUCUCUCUGAAGAACGACAAUCCCGACAUCAGCAAGUGUCUGGCGGCGCUGAAUCAGCUCAGUAUGGUUUAUGUGACGUCUCAACACGUCCAGAGGCACAGCGAGCUCGUCGCCACGCUCAGGAAGAUGCGUUACUACCGGGCAAACCAGGACAUCAUGGACAAGGCGUCGAUGCUCUAUAACCGCUUCAAGAACGCCUUCCUGGUGGGGGAGGGGGAGGAGGUGGUGAGCGCCGCCUUUCUGCGCUCGCUGCUGGAGGAGAAGGAGGAGGAGGAGGCGCAGAGGGUGGAGCGCUGUAUGGAGAAGGUGAGGAAGGAGGGGCUGCUGCACGAGGCGAAGAGAAGUAUGGGGCAGGUGAACAAGAAGAGGAAUAACGGAGGAGAAGAUGGAGAGGAGAAAGCUGAAGCUCCAGUGGACUCCUCCUGACGGCUCAUGAUCACUGGAAGCAGCCUGGACCGGACCAACUGCUACUGGGGGGAGCAACACAGACACACAAUAGGAUUUUCCAAAACCACUUACCUCAUUGGGCAGUAGCGUGCUUACCUGUUUAACUUCUCGCAGUGUGGACUGUCACACCUUAGCAGGUGUGCUGUUCUUACCCCACAGCUUGUUGUGCUAAGGCCACCUUAUUAAGUUAUUAAGCGCUUUGGAGCAGCUGAUUUUAUUUUAACUGGAUGUUUAUCUAUUUUCCACUUUAAUGUAAUGAGCGUUAAACUGACGGCGAGAGCAUUACACACCUAAGCAUUAAUGUGUACCUGCUGUUUAAGCUGACGUCCUGUUGCUGUGACAUUUAGAGGCGAGAUUUUCCUGCACCUGACACAGUUCUGACUCUGUCAUCUCUUAUGAAGUUUUUUGUCAUCGCCGUCACUGGGGCUGAUAUUUUUUCUUUCUUUUUUUAAACUGAAGCAUUAAACCUUGAGAUGCACGAGGCCUACAGACGGUUCUGGCCGUUUUAAUUUUUUUGGUUUUUUUGUGAUUCAAUGAUGUGUUUUUAUUCCUUUUAGCAGUUUUAUUCCUGUUAUCUUGGU